UAGCAUGCAUCAGGGAUCGAGAGAGAAGCAUGGGGAUCUCAGAUCGCCCGCUCCUCCUCGACAACCACAAGGUUGAUGCCGUCGGCGGCGAUGCCGAAGCUGGAGCUGCUGCGGACUACCCGGCGGUGAGGACCUCGGGAGAGGCGUGGGCGGUGUUCGCGGCGGAGUCGAGGAAGCUGUGGGCGAUCGGCGCCCCCAUCGCCCUCAACCUUUUCUGUCUCUACGGCUACAACUCCCUCACGCAAGUCUUCGUCGGCCACCUCGGCAACCUCGAGCUCUCCGCCGUCGCCAUCACCCUCAAUGUCCUCACCAACUUCGCCUUCGGAUUCCUCCUGGGCAUGGGAAGCGCACUGGAAACACUGUGCGGGCAAGCCUUCGGCGCCAGGCAGGUGGCGAUGCUCGGUAUCUACUUGCAGCGCUCCUGGAUCCUCCUCCUCGUCACCGCGCUCAUCAUCUCCCUGCUCUUCUUCUUCGCCACGCCGGUGCUUGUGCUCAUCGGCCAGGAUUCCACCAUCGCCGCCCUGGCCGGCAAGUUCGCCAUCGCCGUCAUCCCCCAGGUAUUCGCCUCCGCCAUCACCUUCCCCUCGCAGAAGUUCCUCCAGGCGCAGAGCAAGGUGGCGGUCCUCGCCGCCAUCGGCCUAAUCGGCCUCGUCCUCCACGUCGCCAUGCUCGCCCUCUUCAUCUACGUCUUCGGCUGGGGCCUCGCCGGUGCCGCCGCCGCCUUCGACAUCUCCGCCUGGGCCGUCGCGCUGGCGCAGGUCGCAUACAUCGUCGGCUGGUGCCACGAGGGCUGGACCGGCCUGUCGCGGGCCGCCUUCAGGGAUAUCUGGGCCUUCCUCAGACUGUCUCUGGCCUCGGCCUUCAUGCUCUGCCUCGAGAUAUGGUACAUAGCCAUUCUCACCGUGCUCACCGGCCACCUCGACAACGCCGAGAUCGCCGUCGGCUCCAUUUCCAUCUGCCUGAACAUAAAUGGCUGGGAAGGUAUGAUUUUUAUCGGCAUCAAUGCGGCCGUAAGCGUUCGGGUGUCGAACGAGUUGGGAGCAGGGCGGCCGAGGACGACCAAGUACGCGGUCAUCGUGAUUCUGGUUCAGUCUCUGGCCAUCGGCCUCUUCUGCAUGGCCGUCGUAUUCGCCACGCGCAACUACUUCAGCCUAAUCUUCACCAGCGACAAAGACAUGCAACGGGCGGUGGCCAAGAUCGCGUAUUUGCUCGCCGUCACCAUGGUCCUCAACAGCAUCCAACCGGUUGUCUCAGGAGUUGCUGUGGGAGGAGGGUGGCAGGCACUGGUGGCUUACAUCAACUUGGGUUGCUACUACAUUUUUGGCCUUCCUCUGGGCUUUCUACUGGGGUAUUUGCUCAAACUGGGAGUGCAGGUAAUGCGAAACUUCUUCCUCUCAAGAAAAAUCAUAGUUCUUACACUAGUUUUUUUUUUUUUUCUAGGGAAUUUGGAUGGGCAUGCUCUCUGGAGUUCUUCUACAGACACUAAUUCUUCUGUUCAUAGUCUGGAAGACAGAUUGGAAGAAAGAGGCAAGCCAAGCCGAAGAAAGAAUUAGGUUGUGGGGAGGGCAACAAGACGAUUGAUGCAGCAGCUAAUUCAGUUUUUCAUCUCAAGAUCAAACUAUUUAUAGCUUUAUUUAGUUCGUCAGCAAUAAAGCUUCAUCACAACAAUAAGUCUCUGUCUCUAGUGUUAUUGAUCGAUGAGUACAUGAUGGAAGAAUAAAUGAAUGGAACGAAUAGUUUGGCACAAGAUCGAAAGACUCUAAGACAAGGUGUAUGUUAUUGUGCCACAGGCAAAGGAGGGCAGAUCCUCUGGACCGCAAAAAGUGGUCCAGGGGAUGGUCCCUUUACUUGAACGACUAUUUCUAAAAUUAAUAUUGUUGGAAAAUUAA